CAGACGUGGAGAGUCCGUCUUCUGCAUCCCGGCUGCGUACAGAGAGCCGUGUGCUGACAUUUGCCAGCCAAACUCUGCACUGACUGUACAGGUUUGGAACAGCAGGUUUCUGUCAGUCCAAAAAAUCUACAGUGGGAUACACAAAGGAACCUACGGGAUUCAUCAAAUCCCAGACAUUCCUAUUGUGGUGUUUGUCCCACUUCCUUUGCGGUGCUUUUACAUCAGCAAACACCAUGAGCUCACGUCAGCAAAAGCGCCCUGGAGAGGCGCUGGAUUCCACUCCAGCUCGGAAACGGAGCAGGCUGCUGCCCUCCAGAGCUGCUGGAACCUUGCAGACAGAGCAAAUUGACCGCGAGGAAAGUGCUUCACCUGCUUUAGAGCCUGAAGUCAUAGAUCUCACAGGAGAUUCUCCAGAGCCUGAAGUCAUCACCAUCAGCGACGAUGAAUCUCCUGUGCAGAGCCCGCAGCAGCCACGUCUUUCCAGGGCCUCAGACAAUUCACCUGAGCCACUGGAAAGGAACAAUGGAGAGGAACCAGGAGAAGAUGAUGGUGAUUGGCUGCUGUUUGAAUUUGAUCCUCCCUAUUGGUCAGAUGAGGACUCCCAGCUUCCUGAAGUGCAUGGAGAAGAAAAGAAAACUGCUGCACUGAACAGCCAGGAACAGGUGGAUGGCUCUGCCAAUGGAAGUGGAGCUAAUGACGCACCUGUGGCUGAUGCAGCCCCUGCAGAACACGGAGCAGAGGAGGAUACUGGAAGUUCAGCUGCAGAGCCAGGAGUUGUUAUUAGCUGUCCAAUUUGCAUGGACUAUUACUCAGAGAUUAUGCAAAGUGGACGACAACGUGGAGUGUCCGUCUUCUCCAUCCCGGCUGCCAAUAGAGAGCCGUACGUUGAUGGUUGUGCGCCAAACUCUGGACUGACUGUACAGCGUCAGCGAAAGCGCCCUGGAGAGGCGCUGGAUUCCACUCCAGCUCGGAAACGGAGCAGGCUGCUGCCCUCCAGAGCUGCUGGAACCUUGCAGACAGAGCAAAUUGACCGCAAGGAAAGUGCUUCACCUGCUUUAGAGCCUGAAGUCAUAGAUCUCACACGAGAUUCUCCAGAGCCUGAAGUCAUCACCAUCAGCGAUGAUGAAUCUCCUGUGCGUCAGCGAAAGCGCCCUGGAGAGGCGCUGGAUUCCACUCCAGCUCGGAAACGGAGCAGGCUGCUGCCCUCCAGAGCUGCUGGAACCUUGCAGACAGAACAAAUUGACUGCGAGGAAAGUGCUUCACCUGCUUUAGAGCCUGCCAUCUCUAAUCGAGCUUGA